AUGUUGAGGAGCGAAGAAAUGACGUUGGUAUCAAUCUAUUUUAGCAAAGACACUGCAAAGCAGGCAGUAACAGAACUUGGGAAAAAUGAGCUGUUGCAUUUUAAGGACUUGAAUGUGGACAUGAAGGCAGAAAAGCUGCUGUACAUCCGUGAAAUCAACCACAUGGAAAAGCUGGUAUCAAGACUGAGGUAUUUAACGGCAGACAUUCCAGACAUAGAAGAAAAUAUCAAGCACAGCGAUGUGGAUCAGGUUGAGCAACAAAUCAACAAAUUUUUCUCAAGACUAAUCCAGUUGAAGACAAUGAAGAGAGAAACAAUUACAAACAAUGCAAAGCUUAGAGAGGAUUUGUACAUGCUUGAGGAGACAGAGAGCUUUGUUGGGACGGUCACUGAGGAAACACAUUUGAUUCAGUUUGAUUUUAUAACAGGAAUAGUUGAAAGGAGCAAGAAGUUCUUAAUACGGAAGGUAUUGCAUCAGGCACUCAGAAGGAAUCUGGUAAUAAGAACAAAGGAUGUUGACGGGGAGUGCAAGAGUGUGUUUAUUGUAUUUGCACAUGGAACAGAGGCACUUGACAAAGUCAAAGAUAUAUUUUCAUCGUUGGGUGGAAGAAUACUAGAUCACAAGAAGUUUAGGGAAUGUAAGAAAGGAUUGCUGGAACUAAGUGCAGUAAUAAGCCAAAUGCAACAAAUUGAAAGCCAUAAUGAAGAGGCAAUCAUGAAUGAACAAGAGAAGAUAAAACAGCUUGCAAACACAUGGAGGUAUUACAUGAACAAGGAGAUGAAAAUAUAUCAAACACUUAAUAAGCUUAAUUUUGACUUUGACAGGGACUGCCUGAUUGGUGAAGCAUGGAUUCCAUCAGAUGCGAUCGGAAGGCUUAAGAAGAUUGGAGAAUUCAAAGGAGAAGGCACGAAUCUGUUUGCCUUUGAAGUGAAUGAGAGUGUAGAGAUGCCUCCGACAUAUUUCAAGACUAAUGAGUUUACAGAUUCGUUCCAGGCACUGACUAAUACAUAUGCAGUUCCUUCAUAUGGCGAGGUGAAUCCAGCGGUUUUUACUCUGUUUACGUUUCCUAUGCUUUUUGGAUGUAUGUUUGGGGAUGUAUUCCAUGGCUUAAUACUGUUACUUUUGUCUACAUUUAUGAUAAGAAAUGCCAAGAAGUUCAAGAAUGUUUCUGAGACAAUGAAAAUGAUAAUGGAUGGGAAGUAUGUGAUAUUUUUGUUCUCUCUUGGAGCAAUGUUCUUUGGGUUUCUAUACUCUGAUUUUGCUUCUUUAGCGAUUCCGUUGUUUUUAUCAAGUAAGGAUACUGGAAGAACCUAUCCGUUUGGCGUAGAUCAUAUGUGGCAUCAUUCGAAGAAUGAGAUGGUUUUCUUGAAUUCGAUGAAGAUGAAGAUGUCGAUAAUAAUUGGAUUUUUCCACAUGAGCCUUGGAGUGGUGAUAUCAUUUAUGAAUGCAGUGUACCUGAAAGAGCCUGUUGAGAUAUAUGGUGUGUUAGUGCCACAGACAAUUGUGUUUUUUUCGUUUGCAGGUUAUAUGGUGUUUCUGAUUAUUUACAAAUGGCUAGUGACGUCCAACUAUCCAUCGAUAAUUGGAGUUUUGGUGAAUAUGUUUACGAAUCCAUUUGUGGUUGCUGAAGAGAUGUAUCCGUAUCAACAGCAGGUCCAAUUGAUUCUACUAAUUUUAAUGCUGGUGUCGGUGCCAUGGAUGCUUGUUGGAAAACCUAUAUACAUGAUUGCAAAAAAGAUGGUGAAGAAGGAUGAAAUUUCAGGAUUGUGGAUCAAUCAGUUUAUACAUGUCGUUGAGUUUGGACUUGGACUCAUAUCGAACACGUCUUCGUAUUUACGGUUGUGGGCGGUUUCUUUAGCACACGCACAGCUUACAAGAGUGCUGCAUGAGUUUACAAUAGGACGCGGAGGAUUUAUAAUACCUGUUAUGCUUUCUGGAGUAUAUGCAUUGGGAACGAUUAUAUUAUUGAUUGGAAUGGAGGGUCUUGGAUCUUGUCUUCAUGCGAUGCGAUUGAACUGGAUUGAAUUCCAUUCAAAGUUUUUCCGUGGAAAGGGAUAUUUGUUUGAGCCUCUUGGGUUCAACAUGGUACCUGAUGAAGAUUAA